CGCAUCAUUUGACAUCAAACUUCUUAUUUCUUUAGAAGAGUAAGAUAACCUGGCUUGAAAGAAAGAUGAUGUCAGCCUCGGGCAAGCCUCUGACCUCAUUUUUAAUACGUGAUAUUUUGUCAGACGGCAUAGGAGUUCGCUGGGACUCGAAAGGCUGGAGCGGUGACUGCGCUCCCCUUCAGAGAUGCAGUUUUGCUUGGGUACUCGAGAGCGCGGUUGGAGCGGAAAGGCAACCGAAAGCGAAUGGGCAACAGAAAGAAUCAGAAACGCACAAAGACCGAGGCCUUACAGACAAGCUGUCCCCAGAGAGUUCAGCAGGAGUGCUGAGGCAGAAGCGCACCAGGGCUGCCUUCUCACAGGUUCAGGUCCUCGCACUAGAGAAGACGUUCAAUCAGCAGAAAUAUCUCUCAGCCUCUGAAAGAGCUCAUUUGGCUCAGAGUCUCCAGUUGACGGAGACUCAAGUAAAGAUUUGGUUUCAAAACAGGAGAUACAAAACCAAACGCAAGCUGCUGGCUUCUGAAGUCAGAGGAGGAGAAGCUCUCUGGAAAGUAGCAGAGUCUCCUGCAGUGAUGGCCACAAAAAGUGUCAUGGAAGCCACACUGCUUGGAGCCAUGUUCAGAGCCUACCAGAGCCCUCAGCCAUACCUGUUCGGGGGGAAUUCGUGGAGCUCUGCCGUUUGGUAAAAAUCCCAAAGGUGUAGUGAAUGCAAGGAGAACAAGGAGAAAUGAUAGUACUAAUAAAACUAUGAAAUGGAGUGACAAAUAUCUAGGCCACUGUAAAAGUUGAUAAAAUCCAUGAUGAGUAAUAAUUCUUUGCAUUUAUAUAGCGCUUUUCUCACUAUUCAAAGCGCUGAAGUUCACUGUUUACACAGCAAUGCAGUUAUUGUGUAUAUUGCAAUGAAAAAGGCCUUUUCAUGAUUUGUAUUUCAGGUACCUGCUUUUGAAAAAGUAGCCCUUAAAGCUAUACAUUAUUUGCUAAAAAUGACAAUGACUUAUUUUUUUUUAUUCCAAAAGAAAAGUGCACAUAUUUAAACUACCAUUACAAUGAUUUCAUUUUUCUAUAUUAGAAAUAAUAAAACAAAGGGCUUGUUUAUCAAGCUUGUGUUAAAUGUUGUAUGGAAUUUCUUUUGGUGUACAGCCAUACUGUGAUUCAUUUAUCUUAUCUUUUUUUAAGGAAACACUGGGUCAUUUAUUGCUUGUGUCUUGUACAAACUUUUGUAUAUUACAAAUUUGUAUUACAUUUUUAUUUAUGAAAGAUGAUCUUAGAGAAAGCACACCUCUACUGCUGUAACUGGAAAGUCUGUUUCCAUUUCUUUGUAUUUUUGUACAGUUUUAUACUUUUAUAAUUUAAUAAACCUUCCA